UUAGUAAACGUGUUUGUAAUUGUUAAUUAAUAAUAUCUGCCACUCACAACAUGGCGGUGACAUUAUCGUGCGAGCUUAGGAAAUGCUAUGGUAGCGCCGAUACCUAGCAACCAUGAGCCUUAUUUCCUUGUGCCGAGCAUUAGAAGCUGAUACGUGAAAUUGGAUCACAGGUUAAGGUGUUAUUUAUGCCUAAUUGUUAUAGAACAAAGUCAGAUAGAUGAUGAAACAGCCUGGGCAUAUCAGCUAUGCUGCUAGUGAUAACUAGUGGCGAUUAUAAGAGCAGCUGCAGCAGGUUUCCUUCUAUGAAUCUCUGGAAGUUCUUUCAGGUUGAACAGAAACAUCCAAGCAUGGAGGAGAUCAAGACUGAACCUGUGGAUUUUGUGAAAGAGUUUCAAGAGUACCUGACUCAGCAAACUCAGCAUGUCAACAUGAUCUCGGGGUCAGUUUGUGGAGGAAAAGAAACAACGGAGCAGCUUCAAGUUGACCCCAGAUGUGAGCAGAAUGUCUCGGACCCCCCUUCAGUGGAGGUGAGCCUGCCUUUGGAGGAUGGAUCAGAUCUGCAAGCAGAUGGUCUGGAAAGAACCUGUGAUGGGAAAUACAAGUGCAGCUACUGCAGCUAUGCCAACAAGGGCAUGGCUCGUUUGAUUGAGCACAUCCGCAUCCACACAGGUGAAAAGCCUCACCGCUGCCAGCUGUGCCCGUUUGCGUCUGCAUACGAGCGCCAUUUGGAGGCACACAUGCGCUCCCACACUGGAGAAAAGCCCUAUAAGUGUGACCUCUGCCCCUUCCGAUGCAGCGACCGCAGCAACCUGUCACACCAUCGCCGCCGCCGCCACAAGCUCCUGCCCACCAGGGUGGUACGUUCAUCUUUCUCCAACAAGAGGAUGCUGAGCCCUCUGCAGAAAAGGGCUGGCUCGCUGGGCUUCGGCCGUCGGUCUUUGAUCAACCUCAAUCCAGCUGUUGUGCCAAAGUCUGACUAUUUGAAUGACUUAUCACAUAAAAUCCACCAGCUGAAUGGCAGGGAAUACAACCACCCUCCUAAGGUGGACAAGAAUGAAGGUCAGAGCAGUGGUGCAAAUGGUUGUAGAGAUCCACUUGAUCAGCUUUCUGCACUUGCAGGUCAGUCCACCAGCCCUGACCCUGAGUUUCAAAGUCCAGCAUCCCCUGACAGACAGUCCUUAAAGGACGAGAAACCGAUCCUUGUGGAUCAGGUGGUCUUGUGCUCAAACGGUGUGCAGACAUCUCCACCUCGAGAGGAAUCCCUAAGCUCAUGUCACAGAAGCUGCAGUAAUGUGUCUGGAUGUGGCUUGGAGACCAACAUCAACACGUUCUGUGGCAGCGUUAGCAACAGCCAAGCAAGCACUCCAACUCCUACUGCAAACGCUCCCAGCGAAGAAGACCAAAUCCUCCACAGAUGUCAGCAUUGUGAAAUCAGCUUUUCGGAUAACAUCAUCUAUACGAUUCACAUGGGCUGCCAUGGUUACGAACAUCCAUUCCAAUGCAACGUCUGUGGUCACAUGUGCAUGGACAAAUACAAUUUUGCAUGUCAUUUUGCCCGUGGACAACAUAAAAAGUAAUAUAAGGACUCAGGCAUCUAUUACACUUGAAAGACAUGACAGCUCCAUCGGUUAUGAUGAUAAAAUUCAGAAACCUCAAGGGAAAUCAUUUGUUUUGGGUUUACUUUCUUUCAGCAAAUGACCAACACAAUGUGAUGCAUCGGUUGAAAGAUGCUCCUUUAUACAAAUCUUUGUUAGAAAAGGGAUUAAUGACAGUGCCUGCCACUUUCCAGGUGUUUUUUUUUUUUUUUAAGUAGUAAGAAAGUCUUAUUCUCCUUUUAACUUCAUAUUUAUACUCUACUUUGAGUUAAUCCAUUACAUAAAAGAAAAGCCAAAUUAAUUAAGGUAUGGAUCGGUUGGUAUGGCACUGCGAUGUUAAAAGCCAAGAUAGGUCGUUCAGAGUUAGGCGUGCAUUUAAUAUUAGCACUAAGCAUACAUGGGGUAUAUACAGUAUAUCAAGCUUUCCAGUUUUACUUUUUUUUUUUAAAAACUGUAUUA